AUGCGAGCCGGGCCCAGGAGCCCAUCGAAACGGAUGAAGCGCACCAGCGCCAAGAUCUUCUCGAAGUCCUACUGGAACUACUUCUUGGUCACGAUGCGCUUCACUCAUGUGCCCUUCGGGUGCGGGGUGUGGCCGGCCUUCUGGACCCACGCGCCGCGCUCGGUGUGGCCCAACGGAGGCGAACUGGAUAUCUUAGAGUGGGCGAACGACUUCCCAGGGCAGGUCUCCUUCCACACGGGGGAGCGCAACAAGUGCCGGCUCCAUCACCAGGCGAUGAAUCCCCCCGGCUGCACGCCGAUGCCGGAUACCAACGGCAUGAACUACGACUGCGACACCCACUAUCCUUCCAAGCCCGGGGCCUCAAAUGGCGAAGCGGAGCGCAUCGGGCACUCGGGUCUGCCACGCGCGGCUACAAUUUUGAUGAGGAUUCCACCGGACAUCCGGAUGGUAUCCCGAUGGCGCUGGUUGCCGCUGCUUUCCCUUGGCGCUUGCUUCAUGCAGAUCCCCUCCGCGGCGCGAAAGAAUGUGCGGGGAGGACUGAGACAUGGCAAGCUGGGCCCUGACGCUCCUGUGCUAGUUUUCUGGGACUUGGACAACCUGAAGCCAAGUCCAAGCGUGUCGUUGCGAUCUUGCAUCCUGGCGCUGGGCAUGCGCAUGAACAGCACCAACACCAAAGUCCACAUCUUCGCCAAUACCCACACCUGGAGCAGACUCUAUGUUGCGAAAGCAGACGGGUCAAGUCCGGAGAGCGGCGAAGCGGUUGACUGGCCGGAGGGAAACCUGUCUCAGAUCCAUCCAGAUGCUCUCUUCGGACCUGGCUCGCUGCUUUGCGCGAUGCGAAGCCGAACAGGCCGACGCCCAGAACCGUCAGACCUCUCGCUGAGCGGUUGGGCGCAAAGCGCGGGGCUGCUGCUGCAAGAACGCGGGGCCGAGGCGGUGCUCUUCCACCUCCGCCGCUUCCUGGCGCUGCACGCGGCAACUUUCACGGCGGUGCCUUCCACCUUCCAGGCUGCAGACCGGGCGCUGUCGCAGAGCCUGCGACGGGAGGUGGAGGCUCAUCGCCGAUCGAGGGGCACGGUGGUGGUAGUCUCCGGCGAUGCCGACUUCGCGCACGGUUUGGACUUUGCGCGGCGCCAGGGCUGGCGCACCGCGAGAUUCGAGCGCUUUGCAGCAAAUAAGCUCUUGGCACAGGAGAAAUAG